GAACAGGUAACAAACAGGACUCUCAGUCGCGCUGAGUGGAGGAAGUGGAGGAAGUGGAGGAGAGGCGCGCGGAGAGGAGACACGGAAUGACCCACAGGUGAUCGUCACCAGCUGAUCCAGUCUGUCCCUGUUUCGUCCAACAUGAAGCUGGCGGGUGUUGUCGUCGGCCUGAGCGUGGCUGUCAUGGUCGUCAUGAUCUACCAGGCCCUGCGACAGGAGAUGGCCCUGCGCCAAAUGAAAACCCGUAUGCUGCAAAACACGGUGGAGGUGAAGAGGAAAGAGGAGGCCAUCGCUCUGUCCAAGAAGAGAAUCGAGGAGAACAAGUCGUCGCUGUGGAACGCCAACCAAAAGAUUGACGAGCUCAGGAAGAAGAAGGUCGACACUGACAAGGCAACAAAUGAGCUCGAGCAAAGUCUGCAGACGUGUAACACGGAGAAGGCAAAUGCUGAGAAGAAGAAGACAGAAGUGACAGAAUCCAUUAGUAAAGUCAAAGCUGAUCAUGAAGAGGCUAAAAAGAAGUCCCAGGAGGAAAUUCAGGGCUUGAAAAAACAGAUAAUGGAUAGAGAUACAGCUCUUUGUGUCUUUGUGAAUGACAGCGAAGAAGGACGGAAGCUGUGUGGAAAUGUUGAAGCUCCAAAAUAAAGUCGGCUCAAAAACAGACACUGACUGUGAACCUGUUUUUAAAAGAUUUCCUGGUAUAGAAGAACACAUUUUGGAAGAUCGGUUUGAUAAUCUUGGAAAAAGGUUUUAAUAUACAAAAAGAUUUUACAUGCCAAAAUUACAAUGUGGUAGUGGGGAAAUACUUUUUUUUUUAUAUCAUUCAAUGUGAUGUGUGUUGGUCUACAAGAUCAUAUUUUGUCUCUUUGUCACACUAAUUUAAAGGUUGCAUAUAAAUAGGAUCCACUCAUUCAACUGAUUAAACAACAUUGUGUAGCACUUGAGCUGUAUGUUUACCAUGUCACCUGAUAAGACCUGACUAGUAGCAACUAGAGAAUUAAAUGAUUUUUAGUUCAAUCUCUGGUGUAUUUAUUAACAAUAUGCUUCAUGGAAAUAUCAAAGCUCAAAUGUCAUGAGGCACGAGGAAAAGGGUGACCUGACUGGAACAUUCAGUCAGAAUAAAUGGUUCCUGACAUGCAGAUAAACAUAAGCCUGUAUCUGAUUUAAUAUACAAUAAAAUCUCAUCUGACUGAA